GCCUCCAUUGAUGAUCUUAAUGCUUGCUAAUUUUUCUCCAACAAAACAAAACAAUAUUAGUAGCCCCCAUUUUCCGGGUCUCUAUAUCCAAUCCAAUUCUUCAUCACUUCAUCCAUGAAUCAAAGCUAAGGGUGAAAGAAAGAAAGAAACAAAAGACCUGAGAGCUAGAGGGCGUAACCUAGAAUCAAAUCAAAGUGUGUUUCAAUUUAAUUUGUUCUGUGCUUGAUCGAGAUAUGACGAUGGGAACGGUGGAGCCGCUGCCAAAAACCAACGCCGCCGCCGCUGCCGACACCAACUCUGAUGGGCAGAAGAAGAACAGGAUUCAAGUGUCCAACACCAAGAAACCCCUCUUCUUUUACGUCAAUCUUGCUAAGAGAUACAUUCAGCAACAUAAUGAGGUUGAGCUCUCUGCUUUGGGCAUGGCAAUCACCACAGUUGUUACCGUUGCUGAGAUUCUGAAGAACAACGGAUACGCAACUGAGAAGAAGGUCCUAACAUCUACAGUUGGAGUGAAAGAUGAAGCUAAAGGCCGCAUGGUUCAGAAAGCCCGGAUUGAGAUUGUGCUAACCAAGACGGAGAAAGUGGAUAAGCAGAUGGCUCCACAAAACAGCAACAAUAAUGCAGCAACGACAGCAGGAGGAGCACAAGAACAGGCACCUAAGAAUAUUGAGUCGACGAAGACGGUGAUGUCCGCCGCCGGCGAGGAAAACAAGGUGGCGCAGCUGCAGUAGCCGCCCAUCCACUAGCAUCAGAUGCCGGCCAGUACAAACUCAUACUUUCUGUAUCUCAGUCUAGAUAUGAAGAGGAUCAACACCAAAAUUCCAUUAUAUAUCUAUCUUUCUGCUAUAUAUAUACAUACAUAUAAUUGUAUUUACAGUCUUUAAUUUGUUAACUACAUACUAUAAACUAUAUACAUAUUUAUCUAUAUAAAUCUUAGAUAGCGAAGCGAUGAGCUAGGCAACUGGAUCGCCCGUUGUGUUGCGGUUGGUGUAGGUUUGUAUCAGCUCAUGAUUUGGCUUUGUUAGGUUGUAUCGUUUUUGCAAUUUCAUUCUUUAAUUUGUAUGUUCAAACCCUUGUAUCUUCUCAAGGUACAGCAUAUAUAUAUAUACACUAAUAUACACAUGUGGUGUUUUUAUU